UUUUCAAUUUUACUCCAUUACAAACAUAAACGUUCAAAGAUAUAUCUAGUUUGCUGGGCCACUGAGGCAGGGAAUCCCUGGGAAUGGGAAUGAAAAUAGAUGAGCAGUUACGUACUUUGUUUGUGUUUGUGUUCGUGUCAAGCGUCGUCACCGCAGUCACAAGUCAUGUUUCUGCAGUAGGAGACCCAGGAAUGCAGAGAAAUGGACUGAGGGUGGCCUUUGAAGCAUGGAAUUUUUGCAAUGAAGUUGGUCAAGAAGCUCCUCUCAUGGGUAGCCCAAGAGCUGCUGAUUGUUUUGAUCUUUCAAGUUCAGGUUCAGGUUCACUGAAACACAAGGUCACAGAAGCUGAUAACAAACUUGGGGUGGGAAAACCAUUUCCUGGUCUUGGACCAGGAGAUAUCAAUAAUACUGACCUUUAUGCAGUUCAAAAGGAAUUGUAUCUGGGAUCUUUAUGUCAAGUUGAAGACACCCGAAAGCCUUGGCAAUUCUGGAUGAUAAUGCUAAAAAAUGGCAACUAUGACACAAGUUCUGGUUUAUGCCCCCAGGACGGGAAAAAGGUGCCUCCUUUUAGUCCAGGCAAGUUUCCCUGCUUUGGAGAGGGGUGCAUGAACCAACCCAUUUUGUGUCAUCAACAGACACAGCUCAAAAAUUCCACUCUGCAUGGAAGAUUCUAUGGUACUUAUGAUUUGGAUUCUGAUUGUGAGGGUGAAAAAGCUGAUCAUUCUUACUAUGAGGUAGUUUGGGAGAAGAAAGUUGAUGAGGGAAGUUGGGUGUUCAAACAUAAGCUCAAGACUUCAAAGAAAUACCCAUGGUUGAUGCUGUACCUGAGAGCUGAUGCAACCAGAGGAUUUUCUGGAGGUUACCAUUACGACACAAGGGGAAUGCUUAAAACCCUUCCAGAGUCGCCAAAUUUUAGAGUCAGGUUGAGCUUAGAUGUCAAAAAUGGGGGAGGACCUCAGAGCCAGUUCUACCUUUUAGACAUGGGUAGCUGCUGGAAGAACAAUGGUGCUCCUUGUGAUGGAGACGUCCUAACUGAUGUCACUAGAUAUAGUGAGAUGAUCAUUAAUCCUGAAACACCAGCUUGGUGCAGCCCUACAGGUUUGAGGAACUGCCCGCCAUUUCAUAUCACUCCAGAUAACAGGAAAAUUUAUAGAAAUGACACUGCCAAUUUCCCCUACUCGGCUUAUCACUAUUACUGUGCUCCAGGCAAUGCUAAACACGUGGAGCAACCUGUAAGCACUUGUGAUCCUUCCAGCAAUCCUCAGGCACAAGAGAUAGUUCAGUUACUACCUCACCCAAUAUGGGGUGCUUAUGGCUAUCCCACCAAAAAAGGAGAUGGUUGGGUUGGGGAUCCAAGGACUUGGGAACUUGAUGUUGGUGGACUGUCCAGUAGACUCUACUUCUAUCAGGACCCUGGCACUCCUCCUGCUAAAAGAAUAUGGACUUCCAUUGAUACCGGAACUGAGAUAUUUGUUAGCUCACAAGAUGAAGUAGCAGAGUGGACUCUCAGUAACUUCGACGUCACUCUAACAAGGUCAAAGUAUCGAAUUGAAAAACUAGUUUGGAAUUAUUAGGCAAGGCUUCUUAGGGGGGUGCCAUAAAAACAUACUAUAAGCUAUUUUUUUUCAAAUUUAUCCUCAGAUGUAAUUUGCAUAGUCCAUUCUUAUGAUAAAACGUAAGAACCAGUGAAUAUUAAUAUACGGUAUUCAUUCUACCUUUUUA